AUGCAGAAAGUGAUAGAUACCACAAUAAUGAUGAAAGAUAAAAAUGGACAAGAGAGAGAAAGGGUGAAAGAAAAGAAACAAAAACGGGUCACCUUUUCGCUAAUUUGUCUGCUAGCGUGUGGUGCGAAUGUUGGAAGCAUGGAAGCAAAGCAAAGGCCGAGAAUGGCGGCAACCCAUAACUCAAUCAUAAAUCCCACAUCAACCUCACUAUUCCUCCAUAACAACACCUGGCACUAGAGGGAUACCAUGUUGUUACAUUACUGUUAGACAGAGAUAAUAGAUAAACACAAACACCACUUUCUCCUUCUCCCUUAGUUCAAAAGUUUGGUGGGUGAUUCCUUUUUUUUUUUAAUUAUUAAUAUUGAUGGGAAAGUGGUUUCCUUUAAUUAGCGUAUGAGUUAUGGGUGAAUUUGGCGUUUCACACAAGGAAGAUGUUAAAAAAAGUAGCAGCAACAACAACGCUAGUGGGAGUAGUGUUCUUGGGUUGGACGUGAAGGUGCAGGAUUCUGAAGCAUUGCCUAAUAAGAUGAUGAUGAUGAUGGUGCAUCAUAAUCAUCACCACCGUCCAUUGUCACCCUUUGAUAAUGAUUCCUGUGCUGGUGAUGGCGAUGGUCCCACGACUUACAUGUCUUUUACUAAUCAUAUAAACCUUGUUAGUGAUGCUUCUGUUCUUGGUCCUGCUAUUGAUGGUGGCUGUGGUGCUGCUGCAGCACCUGUAAGACCUUUGCAGCCUUUUCACACUUCUGCUAACACUUCUGCUACCUCCACCUUCAAAUCCUCAGCAGGUGGGAUGGCGGCUUCGUUGGGGUUUCCUUUCACAAGUGCACAAUGGAAGGAGCUUGAAAGACAAGCUAUGAUAUUCAAGUACAUGAUGGCUUCUGUUCCUGUUCCACCUGAUCUACUCUUACCUUCUUCAGUCACAACCACUCCUCGCUAUCCUUGCAUGGAUGGUGGUUUCAAUCUGAGAUUAGCAAGCAGCACUGACCCAGAGCCAGGUAGGUGCAGGAGAACAGAUGGUAAAAAAUGGAGAUGUUCAAGGGAUGUUGCCCCUAACCACAAGUAUUGUGAGCGCCAUAUGCAUAGAGGCCGUCCCCGUUCAAGAAAGCCUGUGGAAGUUCACACCAACACCAUCACCAACACCCUCAGCAGCAACAACAAUAACAACCUCCAAAUCAAGAGGCCUCGCCAUGAUUGUAAUCCUUUUCCUACAGCUGGUGUUACUGUGGCUAUUUCGAACCCUUCAACAAGAAAAGAUGCAUCUUCAUCCCAUUAUCUUGCGCCUCCUACCACUCAGCCGUACCUUGAAUCUUCCCUCUCUCUUCAUAACUUUGGUGUCAAAGCUGCAAACUUUGGCUCCGUGGCUUCUGUUUCUUCAAAUGAGGAACCAAGGGGUUUGGACUGGAUGUUGAAUGGAGAUCCCAUUUCUCUAGGAGCCUCUGAUUCAGAAUGGCAGUCUUUGAUGCAUAACAAAGUUGGAAUGAGCAGUGAGAGUUCCUGUCAUAACACCCACCCUCAGUAUUUGAAUUCAUUUGCGCUGUAUAGUUCUGGACUGGAUCAACAGAACAGAAGCCUCCCUUUGUUCCUUAACCCUCUAGUUGUUCCCAUGGAAAGUUUCCAAUCAGAGAAACCAAGGGGUUUCAUUGAUGCUUGGUCAAACACAGAAACAGGUGAAAGCAAUGCCAACAGCAACAACAAGAACUGUGCUGCAUCAAUUGGUAAACUAUCCCUCUCUUCUCUUGAUCUAUCAAUGGGUGGUGGUACUGCUGUGCAUGAAGACAUGGGUACAAUUGAAAUGGGUUUAGGCCUAAUGGAGCCUGAUGCAAACGCACACAAUGACACCAAAAUCUCUCUCUCAAACUGGCUCAACCCAACAGCACCUUGGGUGGCUUCAACUUCAACACCUGGGGGUCCUCUAGCUGAAGUUCUAAGGCCAAGCACUGUCACUGCUACCAAUGAGACCACCUCCAAUCCGUCUUCACCAGUCAUAACACAUGUUGAAUCUAACAGCCCUUUGGGAACAAUGGUGUCAUCUCCAUCUGGGGUCUUGCAAAAGACACUUGCUUCAUUGUCUGAUAGUAGUAGCAAUAGCAGCCCAACAAUUGCAUCAUCAAGGGCCAAUUCUGAAAUGCCCUUGCUAAGGUUUCAAUCAAAUGUAAAUUAAUUAACACCUUUCUACUACUACUUCAGUUCAUUUAAAUUGGGGUAGUAGAAUUCUGUAAUCUUGUUUUGCUUGCAUAUCUAGCCAACUGUGCUGGGAUUCGGAUAGCUAUAGGCCGUAUAGCCUAUAUUGUUGAGGGCUUUUGUUAUAUACUAAAAAACUCUGAUGGACAAUCAGUGUUUCUGUUUAUGUGAGAAAAGACUUUGCAGCU